AUGACCUCUACUACCUCCAACACAGUUGUCAAGCCCCGCCCUGCCUCAGAGGGAUUGCUCAAUGAGAAAUGGGACCACUGCCUUGCGAAUCUCUUGGUGAAGUCUACCCUCGGUGCCGGAUUCGGUAUCAUCUUCUCAGUCCUUCUGUUCAAGCGCCGCGCUUUUCCCGCCUGGGUUGGUCUUGGAUUCGGUGCCGGUAGGGAUACGCUGAGUGGUGACCGGGAGUUCAAAGGUGCUGCCGGUGGUGUCACCAAGACUGUUGGCGAGAGACUGAAAAGGUCGUCUUAG